AUGAACUCGCGCGAACAGUCGGAUCUGCCUCCGGCGCCUUCGUACCCCUCCCCGAACCCGGCGCAAGUCGGCCAAGGUGCCAUGUACUACGGCGGUCGCCAGCUCACAGCUGAUGAAAUUCUCUCUGCUGAGCUCUCGCGCGAUGCGACCGGAGGAAAUCUUGCAGAUGGGCCGAAUAAUGACCAACAACACAACAACGCAUUCGGUUUCCCUCCCAACCAGCAAGUCGGUGUCGAUCCAAACCACGAUCUGAGCUAUGGCGACCAAAGCGCUCGGCGGAAGCGGUCGAAAGUGUCGCGCGCCUGUGAUGAAUGCAGGCGGAAGAAGGUUCGCUGCGAUGCUACUUCAGAGUCCGGCGUCGAAACAUGUUCCAAUUGCCGUCGUCUCGGUGCUGCCUGUCAAUUCAGCCGGGUGCCCAUGAAGCGAGGGCCUAGCAAAGGUUAUAUAAAGGAGCUGGCAGAACGUUUGAACACAUUGGAGUCGCAGAUGCAACCGCCGUUGACGCAUCAGGAUAUGCAGUAUCAGGGCAUGAACGAGGUCUCGUCUCCUCGUGGCUACCAUGAAUUCUCUCCCCCAAUGGAUGCGAGUCUUCUGGGGCGCAAGCGGACCUUUUCGAUGAGCGAAGGAAUUCAUGGCCUGUCUAUGCCGCAAUCUGCGCUCACCUCUCGCAGCCAACCGCCAACUGUCGGAGAGACUACGGCCAAUCUUCCAGAAAGCUAUCCACUGUUCAAUAUAAAUCUUGCGCAGAACAAGAUGUCCGGGCCGUACUGGAACGAGACCCAGGACCUAGCUACAAAUACCUUGCCCGUUGACUCGGUUGUUGGAUCUUUGUCCCAGCCGGCGAACGAAACCACGAUACCGCAGUCAGUGGAUGAAGGCUCUUUGAAGACGUACUACGAAAAGAUUCACCCUAUACUCCCCAUUCUUCCCAACUCAAAGGAACGGUUCCUUGAGAUUCUUCACCAGUGCAAUAGGCAGUUACAGGAGGUCUUUUCACAUGCAUUGUAUGCUGUCACGCAAACCAACCUCAACCGGGUGAUAACCACUUUUCAAGAGGUGAAUUCCAUAAACACCGCAAUUGACCUGGUUUCUUCGCAUCUCCGGGACCCUCACAACUUGCGGACUUUGCCAGUAAACUUUGUGUGGACACAAACGCUGUGCUUUCUGGUCAUCAACUGUGACAAGCAUGGCGGCCCAGAAAACUUACACGGAAAGUAUGGUCUUGCGAAGCAAACGCUCGUUGACCAUCUUUCCGGCUUGGCCUACAAACUCUCCAAACAGUUUGAGCAAAACCGGGACCCGUUUCCUGACCUUCAAGAUGCAGAUUCCGACGCCAACAUUGCUCGUCGUGGAUGGUUUGCUGCAAGCAUUCUAUGCCGGUGGAGCCAUGUUGGGGCGGGGGAGCGAGAUGUCAUGGAAGACGACCUUCAAGACAUCGAUCUUCCUUCUGAUCCGAAGUUUAUGGGAUUUGCGGCAUUCCAGCUUGCUGCCUACUCUAGUGAGUUGACUUCAGCUCUCCGCCUUAUCGAGAUCGACCCCGAUGUUCUUUCGGUGAAUCCACGGUUCAAGAAGAUGUCCCGGUCUCUUCUGUUUCACAUGCUCAAGUCUGUGCUGAGUGUCGAACAACGCCUGGACGCGGUCGAUCGAAUGACCACCCCGCCCGGAUACAUGGAGGCCCUGGGCCCACAGGUUUACUGGACCAUCAACCUCUUCAUCACCCGCCCUCUGUACGUGUUUGCGCCGUACGAGGUUAUACAUUCUGCCGAAGCCCUCGUCAAGGAACUGCACAAGGAUGUGCCAACACGCCUACCCUCGCCCAUUGACAUUUACUCCUUGGCUCUAGCCACUUUGACCCUGCUGGAAGCAUCGAAAAUCCCGCUGUGCGCCGAGUUUUGCUGGGAGCUCCUCGCCAACAUCGAGCAGGUCCUCGAUCGUCGUGCGCAAAAUUCGGCGUUGGCUGGCGAGUUUGAAGAUCUCUUUUCCACUCCCCAGUGGGACCGCCAGCUUCGGCUGUGGAUUGAGGCUGAGAAGCCUCAGCAUGGUGACGCUACAGGACAAAACUCGUCCUCCUCUGCCAACAACAACAAUACAACCACAACCAACAACACAACCACAACCGCUUCGGGCAACAACUCUACCGCCCACCAAGCACCCCUCGUCGGCCCCAACGAGCAACGAUCUCUACAACAUCUCGCCGACCUAGCCGUCGGCGGCGGCGGUGGUGCUGGUGGUGGUCCAUCAUCCCCUCCCUCGCCAUCCGGCAAGUUCAACAUUGACGCAUCCGCAGAAGGCCUACCCACAACCUCAUCUGCCGCCGAUCUGGGCGCAUCUCACGGCGUUGGAGUAGUCGGCGGUGCAAACGGUCAAAACGGGCUUGUCGAUUUCAGUCUGGCUUUGCGGAGGGGGUUUAUGAAUGUUUUGAGUCUUCCGCCUGUACCACGUCACUAA